UACUGAAAUCACCACAAAAGAAUCUCCUCCAUUCUGUUUCCAAAGUGUCCUGGCGAUCUAUCGUACUGCUGCGCUAAAAAAUGUACAGUAAUGCUCAAUAACUAUGUCUAAGGCCUCUAAGGUUGUCCUGGGAUUGUCGAUAGUGCUCACUUUCAGCACGGUUGCGGGCGUUCAUAUCAAGCAGAACUGGGACAGGCAGAGGCUGCACGACGGAGUUCUGCGCGACCUGGAGCGCGUGGAGCGGAAGCGCGAGAACCUGCGCGCACUCGAGGAGCAGAUCCAGCUCACGAGACAGCUCGUGAACGAGCGCGACAGACAAGAGGCUGAAGCGGCGCGAGCCCACAGUUCAUAA